CCGCGAUUCUUCACCUUUCACCAUCACAAAACCCAAGAUGGACAAUUUGUUGUUCUACAGACCUCUUUGGGAGGAGAAAGCCUUGGCGACAAGUUCUUCAAAGCAUCUUGAAAAUCUUCGUUUGGAUAUCAUGGAGAAACUCUUGCACGCGCUGCCCUUGGAUGUGAAACUACCAACGGCAACAGCUGUGGUCACUUCCAGCAUCGAAGUCAUCAAGACACUGUUCAAGGAGGCCUCUGGAAGCAACGAUAUCCUACAGACAAUCUUGGAUCACUCCCAGGAAGCCGAUGUCGACCCAAAUCUUCUCCUUCGAGGUGCCAUCGUUUUGUGGUUUACCAGCGCAUCCCCCAUCCUUUCGCGCGACCCUUACUUAGGUUUGCCUCCCAAGGCCAUGUCGGGGGGAGGCCUGACUUUUCCAUGGGUCCAGAAAUUGGCCGAGAAGAAUUUCCUCAUUGGAAACUUGGGCUACUUGUCCAUGCUGAUGACAGCCGAAUCCUGGGAGAAGCCUUCCCAUCCAAAACUGCAGGUAGCAACCCUGAUGGCAAAUGCGAUCAUCUCCUUUCUUUUCGCUACGUUCGUCAUCGCACCUCACCUGAAAACCCAACCGCAAUGGCGCCAGUACAUCACAAACUCGGAGACCAGAGGUCACAAAGAGAUGACAGUCUUCCUCAAGACCACAUGGCAAGUCUCCAGGGAGGGGUGGGAGAAGUUCGACCACCCACCCGGUGCCGAAUUUUCGGCUCUGAACACCGAAGUCAAGAUGUCCCUUGAUGGGAGAAAUCUCUUGACCCGCGUUGGUCGUCCAGGCUGGCAUGUUGCACCAUAUUGGCAUCCUUUCCGGGUUGUCCCUGGUUCCCCAUGGAACAAGUUCAUCAGAAACAGACGGCAGAAAAUCUUUCAGAUCUUUCCAACUUUGGAUAAUCGCGUCCGGUACAUGGUACCGGGAUCCGCCACUACACUUACUGGUUCCUGCGAAGCUUACUAUGGCGUUCUCCGCUCGCAGUUUGACUCUACAAACACACGACGAGCCAGGCUUUCAGAUCAGGCGCGUAACCGGCAGUUCUGGCGGUUGGCCGAGGGGACUGGUCUCCAAUACCCCGCUGUGAGACCAACAGAGCAGAACUCCUCCAGCAUCCAGGACUACGGACGAGCUGAACACAUGUACAAUGUGCCAUUGAUCAAAAAGCCCGCUUCGGACUUAAGCGGGAACUUGACUCCACCAUUUUUGACCACCACCGCUCGAGCUCUACGAUUUGCACAGGAACCUGAGUCUGUCGAUGAAGACUUCUACGCUAUGGUUUUUGGUCACUAGGUUAACUUCCCACACAUGGAGACGUGAAGUUGCAUCAACUGGAAACCGAUGAGAAGGCGUGGUAGCUACUCUUUUAGUGUGACCCUCUACACUGUAAAUAGUGCAAAGAGAGUAGACAAAGAAUAUGAAA